GAAAUUUCGAUAGCAAAGAGACUAAACAUGUAUUGUUCCAACAGAAAUGCUUCAGAAGUUUGUCAGUCUAACAAGAAUUUCACCUUCAGCGAUAUCAUUACUCGAGUUGAUACGCCAAAUCUGAUCCGUUUCGUCGUUUUAAAUCCCGCCACAACCAAUCCAAUAUCAUCUAAUGAUGUCCAGGAGACCAUAAGUGGAAAUUUCACGUCAAACAUUUUUAAAAUACGACUUUCUAUCGCAGCCUCUCCCACCACAGCCCCUCCAACCUCAGGUUCAUCUUCCACCCCACAGCCACCACAACCCGAUCCAAACUUGGCCAAUGCUAUCAGCAUCAUACUGAAGAAUUUUACUGCGAGAGAGUGGGGCACAAUAGAUUUGGUUUUCCGACAAAAAAUGGCUGAACAAAUCAACGUUUUCUGUGUUGAGGAGACUAUUUGUCAUCCAACGUUGCCCAAAGGAAUCAACAUCACAGCAAAAAAUAUUGAAAGGCUGCCCAACUCGCCAUUCCAAGUUGGUAAUAAUGCAAAUCUAUCCUUUUACGUGAAGAUUCCUCCCACAAAUGAAUCAUUGCCUAAAGAUCUUCUGACAACAAUCUUUACGGAAAAACAAGAUGAGAUAUUGGCUGUUUUGCCAGGUGUACUGAUUGAAUCUCCUCCAGUAGACCUCCCUCGUCAAAUACUUUCACCUGAGCAGAAGAAUAACACAGUGAGACUUACGAUAUUCGAUCGUGAUGUCAGUAAGAUAACUCUUCUCGUCAUUGUUGAAAUAAGAACAGCGAUGGUACAAAGAAUGAACAUGUUUUGUUUCGGUACUGAUGGGGACGUUUGUCAACUUCAAAGCAAUCUUCGAAGAAAGAAAAGAGAAGCUACUGGCCAAAGAUUUAAUGAAAGUGACAUUACUUUCGACACAGACUCCAUUGCCAGUGAUGAAGGAAGUACUGGGCUAGGAAUAGGCGUAAAUAAGCCUGGUACAACUGAGCCAGUCAAAAAAACUGUUCUUCAAGAUGCUUUAAGCACACCCUUACAAACCAAAAAUCUGCGACUGGCCGUUCUUGAAGCAGUGAGGAAUUUAACAAGUCAUCAAAAUACAAUGGCGAUGACGAUGAUGACGACGAUAACGAUAAUGACAACAACGACGACGAUGAAAACGCCGACGAUUACAAAGCCGACGAUGACAACGCCGACGAUGGCAACGCCGACGAUGAAAACGCCGACGAUGGCAACGCCGACGAUGACAACGCCGAUGGCGACAGAUGACGAUGUCGAUUUGCCGUUAAUAUUGGGUUUGUCUAUUGGUGGUCUGUUGCUGUUUGUUUUUGUAAUCGUUUCAAUUAUAUAUUACAAGACAAAGGUCCGAGUUCAUGGAAAUUUAACUUUCCAAGGCGUAAAGGAGUGACUCUCAAUACCACAGGUAAUAGUGAGGACGUCCAAGCAGAUUUACAAGAUUUGAUCCUUAUCUAAUCGUGUCGAUACGAUACAUGGAAUUAACGUAGAUGGCUCGCAAUCAAAUCUUCCAUAAGCAACUUAGAACUACACAAAUCUAAAGAAAAUGAUAUAACAGGAGCUCAAUUUAGAUUAAAUUUAAACUAAUUUCAAAUAAGUAUAUAUAUAUAUCAUGUAAAUAAAUCACAAAUGGUUCACGUCAAAACAACAAAUAAAAGUCUCAUGUAUUGUAUUGCCAACACAAAAAAACCUUUGUGGGCUGAAAUGCUUUUACCUCAAACAUUCUUUUUGCUAUUUGCGCAUUAAGGUAAAGUUUAUAGUUGUAACAAUUACGCGUUAAUAUUGAAGUCUAAGAUGUUCCAGACUUAAUUUACCUAUCGAAGUUAUU